AUGGCGUUCCCGGUGGAGGCGUGGUCCAGUGGCGACGGCGAAGGCAGUGGGCUUCCCGUCGCUUCAGCGCCGCCCUCAUCAGUGGGUUUGGCGGAGGAGCUCACCAUGACUUCGGUGUUGGUGUGGCAACGGCGGAGGCAGUGGGCUUCCCAUCGCUUCAACGCUGGCCUCAACGUCUGGCUUCUGUACCACCCCAAGGUGGGUGUGCCGGCGUCGACUGCCGGAGCAUAUGCCAGGGACUGGAACGGCAGGCAUUGGGCCCUUCUAGCAGGGCUGCUCUGUGGUUUUGGGAAGGGCUUUCAGUUCAUGGGCGGCCAGGCUGCUGGGUACGCAGCUGCUGACGCAGUCCAGGAGCUGCCCCUUGUAAGCACAUUUUGGGGUGCUAUCCUCUUCAGCGAAUACCGGAGGUCAUCGAGAAAGACAUACUUGUUACUCUCUUCCAUGUUGUCGAUGUUCAUCGUCGCUGUUGCAGUUCUCAUGGCUUCAGCAGGGCAUAGGAAGGGAUUUGAUACCAAUGCUAAAUUCAUUGUAACCAGAUUGCACAGAAGUUCAGUUUAUCAAGACAGUACGCACAACUAG